AUGCCACUGGCAGUUACAUCUCAAAUGUCAGGUGAUCUCAUGGACUUGGUUCACUGGCAGCGGGAGCUGGCUGACAACUUGGAGGCCCUGUCGCGCACAUGCGAUGGAAUCAGCACUGCGAUUGAAGGCAUGUCCAUCUCGAAAACCUGCAGUGGUGGUGGUCGCGGUCAACCUCACAAUCCGGCAGGGCUGCAGGUGCACGAGAAGUUCAAGCUGGACUCUGGCGUGCCGAUCAGGACCGGUGCCAAGGCAAAGGCCUCCGCCAAAGCCUAUACGAAGAAGCGCUCCUCGAGCCGGGUCUCCACCAUCUCCCUCACCUCCAAACCAGGCACACGCUUGCUGGAUGAUUGGAGCGAGGCUUUUGUGGUAUCCGAGCAAGAGGCUACGAACAUCUACAAUGAGCUGUAUGGCGAACGUGCCUCAGAAGGAGAGCGGGCCUUCUCAAGCAUUCAGAGCAUGCGAGAGUUCAGUGCCCAAUGUUGUCAACGCAAACGCUUCCGCAAAACACUUUUGGCGAUGUGGGAGCUCAUGACAUUGGCUCUGGUUUUGGUGGACACCGUGCUGACCCCGUUGACACUGGCUUGGCCAAGCAGCAGGAGCACGCCCUUCCGAUCCACAACGUUUUUUCAGGUGAGUCCGUGGAUAUGGAGCCUUGAUAUUCUGAUGAGCUUUGCCCCAGCGAUCAUAGCCAGUCCGUGUUCCCAGAAGUUCCUGCUCGCCAAGAAAUACGUGGGCUCAGCAUUCCCGCUUGAUGUGUGCUUACUGGCGGCGGAUAUCUUGAUCUUGUUCGGAAUCCAGGACGAGGGAAUGAGAUUGCUCGUCUUGCUCCGGCUGAUGCGUUUCUUGAAAAUGCAGAGGGUCAUUACUACCUUUGAGUACAAGCUGGCAGAGCGUGGGAGUACCAAAGUGGUGUCAUGCCUUGUCAUUCUGCAGUGCGUUGCCACUAUCCUCAUUGUGAACCACAUCUUGGCGUGCUUGCUGUUCUAUGUUGGGCAUCUUGGGAAGAUCUGGAACCGAAACAACUGGAUCGAGUUUUAUGAAGUUCUGGAGCAGACGCAAUAUUCCCAGUAUAUGACAUGCUUCAAUUGGGUCAUUGCAGAAUACACUCCAGCACCAUUUCCAUACAAACCUCAAAACGAAAUUGAACAGACCUUCAUUAUCGUGAUCAUCCUGACAUGCUUGCCUUUGCUCGGCUCUCAAAUCGGAAAGAUCAGCGGCACCUUGAACUUGAUGAAGGAAAAAGCACGUGAACGGGAUAUGGUGCGAAGAGAGCUGCAGAGAUGGCUUCAGAAGAGAGAAGCACCGGGGCGACUUAUGAGGCGCAUGCUCGCUUCCUUGGACAACGUCCUUGACUCUCGGGAAUCGCCACUGGAGAUCAAGGAACCCAUGGCUCUCAAGUUUCUUCCGCACAGCUUGUUAGAAGAAUUGCGAAUCGUGAAGAUGAGCCAAAAGCUGGGAAUGCACCCAUUACUUCACAUGCUGAUGGACGAUCGGCUGGCAAUUUCUGGCCGUUUGAGUACAUCUUUUCGUGAUGUCAAUGCCGUCCAGGGCGACGCGGUCUUCACAUCUGGUCGUCGUGGUGAAGGACUAUACAUCACUCAAAGCGGGCAGUUUGUUCUACACACGGAUCCGCUGCAGGAUCUGUUGGCCCAAGCUGUACAUAAGAAAUCCAGCACACACAGUUCUGGCACAGGUGCACUGAUCCAACAAGAAACCUGGUUAGCAGAACUCUGCCUGUACACCAAUCUGAACCAUAUUUCGACUCUUACAUGCACCGUUUAUUCCAAAGUGUUGACGACCCCAGUGGCAGAGUUUAUCCAAGCCGUCCGGACAUCUCCAGCAGCCGUGGUUGCUGUGCAUGAGUAUGCUGUGCGUCUGCUGACCACAUUUCAGCCACACAAAGUGCCAUGCUGGGAACGUCUGUCUCCAAAAGAUGCAGAUGACUGCGUCAGCCACACGCAACUGGCAGAGCUUCUGAAACCGGGCAGCGGGCAGAUUCACAAUCUCAGAUCUUCGGAGGAAACAGACUUUACAACAUUCUUGGAUGAGAUCAUGGCUGAUGGGCUCAGCAACAACGACAUGGUCAACAUCUUCCAAAAGUUUAUUCCGGAGCUCAGGGGCGAUGGCAUUUAUGCCCAACUGCGCAUUCAGGACGAGGCAAAACGAGCCCUACUGUCGCUGCUGAGCACUGUUUGGUUUCUCAAGGACGACUACGACAGCAUGGUGGAGGUUCAGAAGCCGGGACAGCGACUGUCCAAACUUACUUUCCAGGCCAUCGAGGAGACACUUGGCGGGCGCCAGAUGUCCAAAGAACAGCUCACGGCAUUAAUGGUGCUCCUUGCACUUCGUGGUCUCGGCAAAAGCUCAGACUUUGCCAAGCUAUGUCCUCCCUCCGAGAGGCGCACCCCGGAGCAGGUGUUGGCGUAUGCUCUGGCCAAUCUGGAUGGCUAUCUCCCGUCGGUUGCAAGUCUACAGGGUGAGGUCUACCAUCAGAUCGUUGCACUUGUACGCAUGCUUUCUGACUUCAACUUCGCUCAGAUGUUGCAAGGGGAGAAUAAUCCACAUUCUGUGUGGCAGCUGCAGUGUGCCAGAGAAGACGAGGGCGAGGAUGUGUAUCGGACUUUCCUCUUCGUUCAGGUCAGCAUCUUGUGCGGGGUCACUGGCAGCAUGUCUUUGGCUGGCUCAAUGUUCCUGACCGAAGCGAACGGGCGCUCUGUCAUGAAAGGGCUGGCUUGCUUGCACGACCUUACCGGUGUGGAUCCUGCCGCGGUGUACUGGAAUUACAUCUCCAGCCGAGCGGAAGCAUUGGACUUGCAUGUCGCGACCCCGAGCCACUUGGUCCUGGCCAGGCUUGCGUGCUUGACACGAACCGUGCAGGCGUCUUCCUUACAAGCCCUGGCAAACGAUUGGGAGGAAUUGACCAACCAGGAAAAAGAUGCAUUGCUGGAGCUUUUCCUCUCAGAUGGACACGACGACAAAGCCUUCAUUCUAUUGUACCUGCCCUUGUUCCUCGCGAACGCAACGGCAAAUCCGGAACUCGGCCUCCGACAUGGCUUGCAGUUCCUGGUGGAGCUCUAUACGAAAUUAAUGGCACACCGCUGUCUCAACCAGGAAGCCUCCACAGUGACAGUGGACAUAUCAUCCCUUGCAUCCGCAGCAAAGAACGUUGACGGCGCUCGUCUCCUCAGACUGUGUCUCGAUUGCUCUCGGAUCGUCAAACACGGCACCGGUGUAACCGUUCUGCUGACCGCAGAGAGCUAUCAGUUCAUGUCAGGCCAGCUCGUCGACGAAGAUCGCAAGUUGCAGAUGUUGGAGCUCGUGGCUGCGCAGCAGCGUCGCUUGGAGGAUGCCCUUAUGGGCAGAAGACAGUCAAUGCUGGUGAAGGAAGUACUGCCAUCGGAUACAGUAUUGUCAGAUGUAUUCUGA